UAACUUUCAACAAAUGAUUAUAUAAUUGGUGCACAAUUUCCUCUUUCAGCUAGUCCCCUGAUCAAGGUCAUUACACCGGUAAAGCACAUGCUCUUAGGAAGAUAGAAUUUUCUCGACUGUGUUAGUUACGCAAAAUCUCGGAAUGGCUAGAGCAUUUAAGAAAUUCUUGCCCAUGUUUGAUCGUGUUCUGGUUGAAAGGUUUGCUGCAGAAACAAAGACUAAGUCAGGAAUAAUGAUACCAGAUAAAGCUCAGGGUAAAGUUCUCGAGGCCACAGUUGUUGCAGUUGGAGGAGGUGCCAGAAAAGAUGGAGCGGUGGUGCCAGUUUCAGUAACUGUUGGAGAUAAAGUCAUGUUGCCAGAAUAUGGUGGAACCAAGGUUGUACUGGAAGACAAG